AUGGGCAUGAGAUGUAUUGUGAAUGAUAUAGAUGAUGAAGUGAUUGUUAUCGAGGUAACCGAACCAAGUAUGAAGCGAGAUGAAGAUUGGGAAGAAGAUGAAGAGAAUGAAUUUAUGUCAUAUAUCCCGGUGUAUUUUGUGAUGGGUUGGGAAGUAUGGGUCGUGAAAGGGCCUAAGUGGGCCAAGAUUAGUGAGUUUGAUCCGGGAGAGAUAGGUUGGGCUAUGCUCUCAUUUGAUGGGUUGAAAGUUGUCGAUAAAAGGUUAUUGUGGGCUACAACGAUUGGAGUUAAAGUUGCUCGAUGA